CUUAGCUCCAUCUCUUUGGAUUUGAUUUUCUGCAAUGGCUGCUGCUGCUGCUUUCAUCUUUGUCUGCUCCUUCUUCUACUUCUUUGCUUCAUCAUCUCCUAUGCCUAUCCAUGGCGCCCACAGCACUGAGCCUCAGAUCACUGUCAUGGGGAUGGUUUACUGUGAUAUCUGCUCUAACAAUUCCUUCUCCCCACACAGCUACUUCAUCCCAGGUGUUGAAGUGAGAAUAGACUGCACCUUCAAAGCAAAUUCACCAAAAACAGCAGAGCAGAUAGUAUUCUCAGUGAACAGAACGACAAACAGGUUAGGAAUAUACAAGUUGGAGAUACCUACAGUGGAUGGGAUCGAGUGUGCAAGAGAGAAAGAGAUGGGAAACUUUUGCCGGGCUAGCCUAAUAGUGCAGAAUGGCCCAUCAUCAUCAUCAUCACCGUCAGCCUCUUGCAACCUUCCUGCAUCAACAACCACAACAGAAGAAGUGGCCAUCAAAUCCAUAACUGCCAAUACCUGCAUCUACAGCCUCAGCGCUUUGACAUUCAGACCUUCCACUAGAAAUGUUGCUCUCUGUGGGUCUUCUGCUAAAUAAGCAGUGGUGGCAGUUGGAGUCGCAUACGUGUGUGUCCUACCUUCGAUGUAAUAAUGCCAUACUUAGAGCAUCCUAAAAUGUGCAAGGUGCACAUGUGCCAUGAGUGAUAGGCACAUAAAUAUUACCAAAUAAAUUAUUUCUCUCCUUAUUUGAAUGAUUUUAUAUAAUUUUGGUAAGUUUUUCCCUGCAAUGUCAAUUGCAAUGUCAACAUUUAGACGGUCUCUUUGACAUUGUGGAGAAAAACUUACUAAAUCUGUAUAAAAUCAUUAAAAUAAGUAGAGAAAGAAUUUAUUUAUUAAUAUUUAUGUGGCUAUCUCUCAUGCCACGUGUGCACCGUGCACAUUAUACCAUUGGAGAUGCUCGCUCUUAGUGUGUCAACAUGGUUUCAUUUCUCUCUAAAUGUACUCGCACAUUAAUAGACCGGAGAAUUCAAAUUGAGAAUUAGAUUAGAGAAUUUAAAUUCGGGGAAUUUGCACCCCAAACAUGCAGAAACUUAUCUAAUCUAGAAUGACCAAAAC